UAACUGAGUGAGAGUCGCUGCUGCUUUGCUACGUGGGUUAGCAUGAGUUAGCUCGAGGCUGCUAGCAGGAAACAUGGGAGCAACCCGAGGAUGACCCGCAUUGUGCGCAUGCGCCUUGCGUCUUCAUCCACAUAGCGAAGACCCUUUUCCUCGUAAAUCUCCGGAGAAAAGACAGAAAAAGAGGAGAAAAAAUCAAUGGAUGUUUUCUCCUCCGGCACAAAGCGAGAGCGGAGCAGCGCGGAUUCAUCCCCCACAGAGGACAACCUGAGCCCAGGAAACCGCCUCUCUCCGGCUCCGGACGCUUUUUCAUCCACCGUGUGCUGAAAUGAGACUCAAGCACCUCUCGGAUGGUGGACUGGACAGCUGAAUGUCAGCUGCUUGUGGAGCAUGGGUACAACUGCCAGUGCCGCACAGCAGCCAAUUUCCGCAGCGUCGCCACUGGAGAGUGUCCACGGCAACGGGAUGGCCAACAGCAGGCAGUCUCUUAACAUGAGCCCCUUUCAGACAGUCAACAUCCACAACAACAAGGCCAAGUCCAUUAUCACCAACAAAGUCGCACCUGUCGUCAUCACGUAUAAUUGCAGACAGGAAUUCCAGAUUCACGAUGAAAUCCUCAAGACCAACUACAAACUCGGCCGGAUAUCAGAAACUAUGCCCGAGCACUACCUGGUGCAGGGGGAGUUCUUCAUGGUGCAGGACGUGUACAGCAAGGCAGAUGUCCUGAACACCACAGGAAGCUAUGGGGCGCCCAACUUCCGCCAAGUCAAGGGAUCCUACCCUCUGUACGGGAUGGGUCAGCCGAGCCUGAACGGCUUCAAACAGGUCCUCCAGAGGCUCCAGGUGCAAGGACACGAGGAGGUCAUAUUCUUCUGCGUACGAGAGGAGCCGGUGGUUUUCCUGCACAAGGAUGACGACUUUGUGCCGUACACCCCCAGGAGGAAGGAAAACCUACAUGAGAACUUACACAGCCUGGAAAAGGAGGUGCUGGUGGAGAGCCUGGAGCUCAUCGUCAGGAAGGAGCUCCACGACUUCGCCAUGCUCAACGAAAACAUCUUCUACGUCUACAAUGACAUAGAGUUCUUUAAAGACGAGCCACAGAAGAUCUCCAUCAUGUGUGAGGAGGACAUCCAUGUGACAGAGGAGGUCUAUAAGAGGCCCAUGUUCACCAUGCCGGCCUACAGGUACUACAGAUUACCUUUACCGAUGGAGGGAGCGCCGUUGGAAGAAGACUUCGACGCAUUUGUUAACAUUCUCAGGGAGAGUCCGAGCUUGUCCCUGGGCCACGAUGCGUCCCGACCGCUGCCGUCGCUGCUCUUCAGCUGCCAGGUGGGCGUCGGCCGCACCAACCUUGCCAUGAUCCUGGGUACCCUGGUCAUGAAUCGCCUGAGGGGGGAUUCACAAGCGCCGUCUCAAGUUGAGGAGACAGCAGCUUCAGAGCCGAAACCACUUUUCCAGGUCAUCCAGUCUCUGAUCAACAAGCUGCCGAAUGGACAGCAGGUCAUGGAAGAGGUUGACCAGGCUAUCGUCCUCUGUUCAGAAAUGCACAACAUAAAAGAAGCAAUAUAUGAGAACAAGAGUAAGCUGGAAGGGAUCGGAGAAGAUUAUCAAAUACAGGGAAGCAGCACCAAAGAAUACUUUCUCAACCGAACAAUGCAGAGCUUGGAGCGCUACUUCUACUUGAUUGUAUUUAACGCGUACCUUCAUGAACAGUAUCCUCUUGCCUUUGUGUCCAACUUCAGCCAGUGGAUGUGCUGCCAUGCGUGGCUGUACAGACUGCUGGCCCGCAUGGACCUGUCGGAGCUGUCGGCACCAGCUGAGCUGGUCACCAGGGGAGCCCGCGUCCUGGUUGCCGAUGAGUACUUGGCUCCUGACGUGCUCAGCACAGUGAAGGAGAUGAAGGCGGUCAACUUCAGACGAGUGCCCAAGAUGCCUGUUUAUGGAGUCGCUCAGCCGACAUCAGAGGCUACCGGAGCAGUUUUGGCCCAUCUGACGGAUGAGAAGAGGAAGCACAGCCACGUGUUGUGGGUGAACCUGCAGGAGGAGCUGGUGUUGGAAGGAAACGGUCAGAUUUUCACACCCAGGGAGCCCUCGUGCCUGGACCAGCACAUUCCCCUCCCAUCAUCUGACCCACAGCUAAUAGAGAAGCUGGAGACGUCUCUGAAGGAGGCUGUCCUGCGAGCUCAGAAGUGGCUGGAAGUGACGCUGGAGCAGGACAAACAAAUGAAGAUGUUUAAAAGCUGCCUGACGGUGCAGGAGAUCUUCAACCAGCACAAGAGCUCCCACCAGGGCCUCGUCUAUAAACGCAUCCCUCUGCCGGACUGCAGCGCCCCCAGGGAGGAGGAUUUCGAUAAGCUGCUGGAUGCCAUGAAGAGUGCCUUGGCUGAAGACUCCCACUCAGCCUUCGUUUUUAACUGCUCCAACGGCAAAGGCAGGACCACGACCGCCAUGGUCCUCUCUGUUCUGACUCUCUGGCAUUUUAAUGGUUUCCCAGAGUUUGCAGAAGACGAGAUUGUUAGUGUUCCGGAUGCCAAGUACACAAAAGGAGAAUUUGAGGUCGUGAUGCAGCUGGUUCGCCUGCUCCCUGAUGGUCACAGGAUGAAGAGGGAGGUGGACACGGCCCUGGACUCUGUCAGCGAGACCAUGACCCCCAUGCACUACCACCUGAGAGAGAUCAUCAUCUGCACAUACAGACAGAUUAAAAGUGGUAAGACGGAGAAGGAGUGUCAGCAGCUGCUGCUGAGGAGCCUGCAGUGCCUGGAACGCUACAUUUACCUCAUCCUCUUCAACACAUACCUGCAUCUAGAGAAGAAAGACUCUUGGCAGCGCUCCUUCACUCUCUGGAUGGAACAGGUGGCUGCCAGGGCCGGAGUUUAUGACAUCCUCAACCAGCUGGCCUUCUCCGAGUUUGAGAACCCGAGGGACACGCAGCUGGCCCGGCUGCGCUGCCGCUGGCAACGGCAAAACAUUCAGUCACUUCCUUUCCGAGGGGAGUUCAUUUGAGAGAGGAUCACUGCGAAGGCACCAGAGAAGCACGGUGCUUUUCAGAAUAAAAGACAUUUACAGUAACAUUGUCACAGCUUCUACAUUUACCCCUGUGUUAAUGCAUAUCUUCAUUUCACCCAUGGUUUGUUUUACUGUUGUUUUCUUUUUUAGUGUUUUUAUUGUAAGUGUUUUUAGACUGUUACUUUUAGAAGUUGAUAUUUGUGCCUUUUUUCGAUGCUAGAUCAUAGACUUGACUAAUAUUUAUGUCACUUUUUUCAAAUCAAAUAAGUUAGUUUUUUUUCUUUUGAAAGCGAGACAACCUUUUUGAACUUCUGUUUCACCGAGACAAAAGUUAAAGUUGUCCGUACAGCAGUAUGUCACAAAUGCUGUUUGUGACCUGAUAUUUUUCUUGAACCCUGUUCAUUUCGUUUUCCGACUUGAUUUUCAAUAUUUUUCCAGACAACCACUGUGUGUAGAUUGUUAUUUUUAAUGUCCCUGAAUCUUUUAAAGUGAAUCAGAGUUGGUUUUGCCACAGUAAGACGACAGUAAUGUCAGUUGUACCUGUUUCCUUUUAUUCACAUGUGUCAGGUACUAACAACUCAGCAUGUCAGGACAUUCUAUGUAAGUUUGAUUUUACUUUAAAGCUGUAAAUGUGUUUCUGUAUUCACAGUGUUACCUGAACAGAAAAAUGCAUUAUUUUAUUUUAUGAGAUUCCUUUCAAGUCACAUUCUUCCUACAUUAAAUCCUACAUUACCCACGAUGCAACCCGACCGCUGACAGUUCUGUCAGACAUCCAGGUGUUCACUAGCUCUCCCAAAAACCUGUAAACAGACUUUGAUGUAUAAAAAAACCAGCUCUCGCAGACUUUACUUCUGCCAGUGUAAACGGCUACAUUUUCUGUGACAUCACCGAUCUGUCAGCUUGAAUCAAAUUAUACGUCUGACUGUAAAAAUGAAUGGUUGGAAAAGGCCAAGCCUGCAAAAACCUGAAAACAAUUGAAGAAAAGCAACCUUUAUAAAAGGAUAUAUGAAGACAAAGCUGCAUGAUUAACUGUACAGGACAAUACGUUAUACAGUCAUUGUAUUGUCAGACGAACAAGGCAGCAGGUGGAACAUUACUUUUAUCUACAUUUUCAGGAUGCAGUCUUUUUUUUUUUUUUUACUGUGAAGCAUUUUUUUUAAACAUCCUAACACCUUUUUUUAUAAUUUUUUUUUGUUAUUCUUUAACCUGCUAAUAGUUAAAGUAACUUGUAGCUUCAGGUCUGCUGUAAAAACAUAAUAAAUCCUGCCUUAAAACCAGAAACUUAAACUUCUGAUUUCUUCAUUUCAUCACAUCAUUUGCACUGUAUAUAACUGAUCCAGACUAAUUGAGCAAAACGAUUAUGAUGAUUUAGAAUGAAAUCGUUUUUUUACGUUCUACAGACUCAUGUGCAGGUUGUAUUAACACCUUAAUGUCUUAGCUAUGCUCUUAAUUUAAUUUGUAUUCUAUUUUUUUAAACAGAGGAACUCUUCAUUGAAGCAAUUUGUAAUCCUUUAUUCUCUGUAUCUGCCAUAUUCUUCUGUUUUUUGGGUGAGGGGGGUUAAAA